AUAAACUUGUGAACAAACCAUCAAAGCUGCCUGCGCAGCACCAUGGCCUCUUCUCUCACAUCACCUAGCUUUCAUGGCCCCUUACUGCAAAAAUCACAUUUCAUAGGCAAAAAUCUUCCUUUGCAGCCUCCAAUUCUCACUUCUACUACUCCAAAACCCUGCAAAUUCUCAGUACAAUCAGCUUCAAAAUUCAAUCUAUGGGAGCUCAUGGGUGGAAGAGGCCUUUGUGGAGGAGAAGAAAGCCUUGAAAAAGAGCUCAAAAAAGGCAUUUCUGACCCAAUUUCAGCUCAAAAUCACCAAGAUAGAGAAACCCAACAAGAAGGUCUUGAUGUUUCUCACUCCUCUUUCACUAUAAAGGAAGAGGCUUUCGAAAAAGAGCUCUUGGGUCUCACAGGUGGCUUUCCAGGAGGUGAGAAAGGCUUGCAACUCUUUCUUAAGAGAAACCCACCUCCCAAAAAGACAGGGUCUAAUGGGGCUAAUUUGAAUUUCGGGGCUUCAAAGCCGAAAGCUCCUGAAUUACCAGUUUUGAUGCCUGGUAUGAUAGCUAUAGUGAAGAACCCAAAUAACCCAUAUUAUAUGUAUUCUGGUAUUAUUCAGAGGAUUACAGAUGGAAAGGCCGGAGUACUAUUUGAAGGUGGGAAUUGGGAUAAGCUUCUCACUUUUCCUCUUAGUGAUCUUGAGAGGAGAGAGAAAGGCCCCCCAAUGGUCAGUCCCAAGUCUGCUGUACUUGAGUCUAUGGAUGAACAGUAAACAUCUCACUAUAAUUGAUUGAUUUAAUUCGUCAAUUGGAACUUAUCGUGCUUUGUUUUGGUUUCCUCAAGCUGACUUGUUGAUCAAUGCAUUUUAGUGAGUUCCGAAUGAUUUGAAUCAUCUAAGAGUUAUGUCUUUUUUUUUGGGUAAAUAAGAGUUGCGUAUUUAUUUUC